CGUGUUGGCGGCAGAAGGCAUGGUGAUUGCUGCAGGCUCUUAUUAGUGUGAAUGCACGCUGGGAUUUGUGCAGAACUCCCAGCAGUGACAGGUGAUUGCUAUGGGGUUCUACUGAGAUCCAUGGCUAAAACCUAAAGUCUCAUUCACACGUCAGUGUUUCACGGACUGUACGAGUUCUCCACGGACAGCACACGUCUCCAUUAGUUUUUCUGUGUGUAUUCACACAUGAGUGUUUUUAGUACGGAUGCACUCUCUAUUUUGUCCGUGUUCACGGAUCCAUCACGCCCAUUACAGUCUAUGGGUCCACAAAAACCAUGGACGCCAUCGGUGUUGCACGGAUCAUUAAGAAGAGAAGCUUUGAAAAUUAUUUUUCUGCUGUUCAGUGUCAGAGAAACACGGAUGACACACGGACAUCAAAAAACGGACACUCGGACCCAACACCGAACCUUCACGGAUGCAUCACUGACCACCUACCCACGGAUUUGAGCACGGACACGGAUGUGUGAAUGAGGCUUAAAUCUGGUUGAUGACCACCUUGCAGGAUCCGGGCACUGACAACAUGACCGAGGAUGAGAUUGAACUGCAAGAAAAACUCGACCACUUUCCAGAGGACUUCAACCAGCUGGAUCUACUGGAAACCCACCGACAUCUGAUUCCUACAGGAACCCAGAGCCAUUGGCCAGGGGAGUCUGAGGAAGAUGAGGAGGAAAGGACCGAGGAGUGGUACCAGACCCAGGAGGAGAACCUGAAGGACAACCAAAAGGAGUUAAUACUUUUUGCUGCGGAAAAUAACAGACUACAAACCACGCAAAGAAUCCUGUCGCUCCAGCCAGAUCUUGUGAACGUGACGGAUGAAGACCAUUACACCCCGCUGCACAGAGCCUCGUACAACGGCCACCUGGCGAUAGUGCGGGAGCUGAUCGCGAGGGGGGCAGAUGUUCACGCGGUGACGGUAGAUGGGUGGACCCCGCUGCACAGCGCCUGCAAGUGGAAUAACACCGCAGUCGCCUCCUUCCUGCUCCAGCACGGCGCAGACAUCAACGCGCAGACUAAGGGCUCCCUAACACCGCUGCACCUGGCCGCCGCCAACAGGGACUGCUGCCGGCUCCUAGAGCUCCUCCUCAUAAAUCGCUACAUCAAACCCCAACUGACCAAUAAGUUGGGGGAGACGGCUUAUGAGAUCGCCCGGCGCACCGACAUGUACCACUACCUGUUUGAAAUAGCAGAUUAUUGGACCUAGCCCCCAUCCACCGGCAGUAAUAAACGUCCUUGCAGUUGUCA